GCCGCUACGGGCGACCGUACCGCGCUUCGCCGACGACUCCGAAGUCUCUCUACGAACUUUUAGUUCGAAAGCUGUGAUCAGUGAGUUAUGUGCUCGGCCAACCAGUGCGUUUGACGUGAUCAGUGAAACUAGACUAGAUGCUAAAUAACGUUUCGUUCAGUAUGAUGAACGAGCAAUGACCCUCAAAUUUUGCAGAGCAUGAAGCCCGGCACUGGGCGCGGCACCGAGCUGGCGCCAUGCGGUGUGCGGGCCUCGUCUUCAUCACUCAGUUAACCGUGUGCUGCUUCACUACAGAACCUCCAAACAACGAAAUCACAGAGGAGCCGACGACAGUGACGUCAUUCUACGCCCUGUCCGCCUCAGCGCCGGCGCCGAUCAUGCUCCGUCUCGGGAACUCCACCAUCGACUCUACCAAGUCGUUCAAAGUGCCACGACCGUCUUCGGACCCUGAAGUUACUACACUAGUGCAAGCUUCAACUGUGACGGUGCUACCGCAUGUUAUAUCAGCCAAAGAGCCGAAUAAGAUGAUUCCUCACAUGAUAUCGGUGUUGAGGAAUACUCACCUGGAUCACGACAGGCGCCAUGGGCCGACGUUUGAAGACACGCCGGUGGGGAAUAUUACCAAGAUUACCGUGCAGUUGGGUGAAGAUGCCCACUUAAAUUGUAGGAUUAGUUUACUUCAAGAUAAAACGGUAUCCUGGGUCCGUCGCAAAGGGCGGGAGGAGAUGCCGGAGCUGCUGACCGUGGGCGCGGUGACCUAUGCCGCCGACGACCGAGUGUCGGUCGCCAAGCGGUACCCCGGCAACUGGAAGCUGCUCAUCAGGCAGGUCACGCCAGAUGAUGAGGGCGUCUACGAGUGCCAGAUCUCGACGCACCCGCCGCGCGUCAGCCGGACGUUUCUGCAUAUUAAUACGCCACAAGUAUGGGUGGUGGACGAGGCCGGCGCGCCUCUCCUAGAGAAGUACUACGAGGCCGAGUCGACCCUGGCGCUGGUGUGUCGCGCGCGGGACGUGGACACCCCAGCCGUGCUGACCUGGCUGCAUGAGGGCAAGGCUCUUAAUGCUGAUACGACUAGGGGCGGCAUCAAUGUGAAGACGGAGCACGUCCCGGGCGGCGCGGACAGCCUGCUCCGCCUCGCGCGCGUCAACUCAAGUGAUGCCGGCAACUACACGUGCGCGGUGCGCGGCGCGCGCGCGCACACCGUCGCCGUGCACGUGCUGAAUGAAGAAAGCCUCGCGGAGCUGCACGCCGGCGCCAACCAGCCGACGUUGACAACGACCGUUAUAACGGUUUUCUUAACUCUCACCAUAUUAACGGAUACAGUUUCGUUACUCAGCCCCGGGGCGCUAGCGCUUACGGCGGCCAUACUGUAUUUAAUGAUGGCCCAAGGCCUCUUAAAGGAGUAUUUUAUCGUGCUUUUGCCAACGUGAUAAAAGUAUUUAGUAUCUAAUAUAAAUUAUUAUUAAAUCUAAGAAGUGUAAUAUAAAUAGUUAUUGAGAAAUAAAAUUUCAUUAUUAUAGC